UGGGAAGGAAACUCUUCAAUGGGACACUCAUCAAUUUUAUCUAUCUGAGGAAACUUUACAAGUUUUCGACAUAUUCUAAACACCCAUAGAAGGGAAAGACUAUUUAAUAAAUUAGUAAAUUAUGUGAAAUGUGUUACUGAGUAAGCAUUUUCGCCGUAAAACUAUGGAAUAAACUCCCAGAUGCAGUAAACCUAACUGAACUUUUACUUGGGGCCCAAGGCAGGGAAUGUUUUUGUUUUGACAGUUAAGUCAAUUUAUACUGUGAUAUUAGAAAUGGAUGAUAUAUUUACAAAAGUGCGAGAAGGAAAUGCCUUCCAUGUUAGAGUAUGGCUGGACAAUACUGAAAAUGACCUAAAUCAGGGAGAUGAUCACAGAUUUAGCUUACUUCACUGGGCAGCCAAAGAAGGCUAUACCAACAUUUGUGAUAUGCUUAUACAGAGAGGGGCGAGAGUUAAUGCUACAAACAUGGGAGACGACACUGCUUUACAUUUAGCAUGCAGUCAUGGGCAGAGAGAUAUCGCUCUUAUGCUUUUCCACAACAAGGCAAACAUCAAUGCUAUCAACGAGCAUGGAAACACGCCCCUACACUACGCAUGUUUCUGGGGACAUGACCAGAUUGCAGAGGAUCUUGUCAAUAAUGGAGCCAUGGUAUCCAUGGCAAACAAGUUUGAUGAAACACCGUUGGAAAAAGCUAAACCAUAUCUUGCCAAAAUGUUGAAAGAAAGAGCUGGAUCUUUAGGUCAAGAUCUGCAAAAAAUACCAUUCAAAGAUCGCAGUUGGCUCGGGUACAAGACUCGCAGUCGAGAUGCGCUACUGUCCAGACAUCAGGGUAUAGAUAUUUCACAACUUAACCUAGUCACACACAUGGUGACUACACACUCCGGAGAGGUGUGGCGAGGACUGUGGCAGGGAAAUGAUAUUGUAGCAAAAGUCCUUAGUCUCAGAGAAUGUACAGUCAGAAACUCAAGAGAUUUUCAAGAAGAGUUUCCUAGACUAAGAAUCUUCAAUCACCAGAAUAUUUUACCAGUGCUAGCAUGUUGCAAUCAACCACCAAAUCUUGUUGUCAUCUCACAGUUUAUGCCAUAUGGUUCACUAUUCAAUGUUCUACAUGGAGAAACUGGUAUAGUGGUAGAUCAGAACCAAGCAUUGAGAUUUGCCAUUGAUAUAGCUCGAGGAAUGGAGUUUCUACAUACACUAGAACCUAUCAUCCCUAACCUUGUACUCACUAGCAAACACAUUAUGAUUGAUGAGGACCUGGCCAAAAUCAACAUCGAUGACCCAAAAUAUCGGUCCCCCGACGGGACAAUAGCAGGGAUUGAUGAAGAUCUAACGGCCAGAAUCAACAUGGCUGACUACAAAUUUUCUUUCCACGAGAAAGGAAAACUAUACUGCCCUGCUUGGAUGGCCCCAGAAGCCUUACAGAAGAAACCAGAAGAUUUAAACCUGAGAGCUGCUGACAUGUGGAGUUUCGCAAUCAUGCUGUUUGAGCUAGAAACCAGAGAAGUGCCUUUCGCUGACCUCACACCCAUGGAAAUAGGGAUGAAGGUUGCCUUAGAAGGUCUGCGUAUCACUAUACCGCCAGGAAUCUCAUCUCAUAUAUUACGUCUACUCAAAAUCUGUAUGAACGAGGACCCAGGAAAACGUCCAAGAUUUGACAUGAUCAUACCUAUACUAGAAAAGAUGAAACAUGCCAGUUAAACGUUUUCCUUAACAGGGAUAAAAAAAGGGACAUUAGAUGGUAGAGCAUUUUAAAAAGAUAUGAUUUCGAUUGAAAUUUUUCCUGUUGGAGAGAGAUGGAUUAAAGUACUAUGAUGUCCAGAUAUUGAUAAGUUAUAUGAAUUUAUUGGAAGGUUUGUAAAUGUUGAUUCAGGAGAAGAAAAAAAAUAUAUCACCAUUUUAGUCCUUGAAUUGUGUUCAUUCAAACUGUAGUAUCAUAUGACUGUCAAAAACUGUAUGAAUGAUUUGCUUUUUCGGAUACUGUAGAGUGGAUGAUAUUUCUGAUGGUUUUAUUUUUUGGUAAUUUUCAUGAAUAGAACAAGUCAGAUAUUUUGAAACAGUAAUGAAUAUCUCAAAAGGUAUAAGCAGCCAUGAAGCUUAUGAAUGUCAGUUUUACACUAGAAUUAGUAAAAAUGUGAAUAUGCCUGUUGUCUGUCAAAUCUGAAAGUGACAUGGAAAAUACCCAGUCUGUGGUUGUAUAACUGCUGGAUAAUUCGUGCUUCUAAAUUAAAGUCAACUUUUCAAGUACCACCCGAAUUUAUGUUUCAUCGGAAAUUUAGCCUCCCGAGAAUUGAUGUUUCUAUAGUUUGCAAAUAAAAUACUAAGUCUAAUGUUAUGAAGGUGCUGAUUACGAAAAUAGUACUUAUCUGAUGGUAAUUAUAUUCUGUAUUUUUGUUUUUUCUCUUCUCACAUUACUUGCUUCUUUAUAUCUUGCUUUGUAUCAGUUUUACAAUGUAACGAGUGUACAAGUAUGCCAGGCACGUUGUACUAUUGAAAAUGCCUAGAGAAUUUUCCUUAUACAGGCCUGGGAUUUUCAGGACUGGUCCUGAUUUCAAGCUUUUGACUGCCAGAAUUUCCAUAAUGUAACGCUAUUGAAAAUCCAGAAUUUCCAUAUGUAACUCUAUUGAAAGUGGAGAUUUCAGGCUUGAGGUUGUAGUUUUUCAGGUUUUUGAUUUUUGACUGAAUCACAGGCCUGCUUAUACAGGUAUAUCUAUCCUCUGUGUUUUGUUCUUAGAUAAGGCUACUGAAGCAAAGUGGGAUAUGGUAUAGCCUCUGUGUUCUGUACAGAAAUAUGACUGCUGAAGUGAACUAGGAUGUAGUGAUAAUUUUGCUUUAUAAUAUCUGAGAAUUUGAGAAGUACAGUACUAAAGGAAAGUUAUUUGGUUAAGCUAUGAACAAAGAUUGCAUACACACAGAGGACUAGAAUAUAUAUGUAUAUACAUGUAUAUUACAUUAUUUUGAUAUUUCUACAUUUAGAUACGAGUUGGGAAAUAUCGAGACUGAGCGUAUUGUGAGACCUAAACCCAAUUUUGACCAAUGUUAAAGUUUAAUAACACUAAAACUGGAAGCCAGUCUAAACUCUGAAGACAUAUGAUUGGUUGUGCACACAUGAGCACACAUUUGAAAUUGAUCAAUGGCAAACUUGCAUUUUAAGACUGAAAUACAUGCUGAGUUUCAUAACCUCAUAGCUCACGUUUGUUUUGCAGUAGUUGAACAACCAAUUCUUUGUAGAUUAAAUCAUUAUUGAAGACUUACCGGUAUGCAAAAACUUCAAAGUAUUAUCUUUCAUGUGAAAAUUCACAUUCUAUGAGUGGUUACAGAAAAAAAAUGGCCUUAUCAAGAUUGUACAUGUUUUUCACUCUGCCUUUUAAGCAGUGCCUGUAGUUGUAUUUUAGACUUUUGUGUCAUUGCUAUUCUUUCUGUUUAGAACAGAUACAUUUAGAAGCUCAUUGUUACAUUUUGUAUUGCAAAUUCAGGGAUUUUCCUGUAUUGAUUUGAUAUCACUAUCAAUGCUUUCCCUGGGGAGUUCCUUUGCGGGUUGGGAUUGGGGUGGGGUUGCAGACUCACCCUUUCAGAUGUUAGAAGAGUCAUGUGCAGAUUUCUAAGAUAGAUUAGCCAUUUUAAGCCAGUUAAUACUUUCUUAAAGAUGGGUAUUUUAUGGAUCAAAAUUGGGAUAUUGUUUAGACUGACUAAUUACAAGGAUUGAAAACUGAGUUAUAUACAUGAUGAAUUUAAGGAAUAAUACAUAGAAAAACUGUGUUUUAACAUUAUUAAUACACGGAAAGAGGUUAUAUGUAUGCUGAAUAAUUUCACGAGGGCAUAGCCCGAAUGAAUUAUUCUGGUGAUGUAUAACCAAUUUUGAGUGUAUUAAUUUAGGUAAAACACGAUUUUGCUGUACAUUAUUUCAGUUCUAAUAUGCCCUUAAUCUAAAACUGUAGAUAAAAUAUAGUAGCGCUCUUUCUUGGUCGUAACAAAAACAUUGACAUCAUCGCACAUUAACAUCAUUUUAGCCUAAGCUUGUUUUAACAGAAAUGCAUGUUAGAACAGAUACUAUGUUAUUCAUUAAAAUUGUCUGAUUACUUCUCUCUUCAAUCUGCUCCAACCUGCCCAUACCAGGGAAAUGUUUAAGAAUGGUACUGUGUCAGAUCAGGUUUUAUCCAUUGUUUAUCAACGUUUAUAUAAUUUGUUACGUUUAUUUGCAUAGUUGCCAAAUGUUACCCAUUUUGACAAUAUUAUCAUUACUUCUCAUUUUUACAUUGAUGUACUUUAUUACAGAGAGAGAGAAUUUUUUUUUUUUUUGAAUGGUUUUCUAGAAUGCAGAUUAGAUAGGUCCAACUACAAGGGCUAGUUUCAGUUUAGUGAGGAAUGAAAAGGAUUUUAAGAGUAUUCAUAAGCUGUUAUAUUCUAUUAAUCUCUAAAAUACAAUGUUUUAGCCACAGUUACUGUAGUGCUAUUUUAUUUAUAAAAUUAUAGAUUCUAAGGAUUUUUUUUUCACACAUUAUUGAAAGGAGAUAACUCUAAUUUUUUGGAAACAGAGUCUUUCAGUAACACCAUGAAUGAAAAGACUUCUCAGAUUUGUGUGGGAUUGCACUGAAUAAUCUUCAAAACCAAAAUAGAUGAAAGAGGGUCCCUAAAAAUGCAUGAACGUGCAACUUCUUGUAGUUCUCGUAUUUUUGUGGUCAUAAGUACAUGAAAUAUGUGCCAUAUAUCUUUAAAUACUAUGUUUAGUAACACAGAUCAGUUUUGCUGUUGAUACUUUUAUUGAAAUUAAAUAGAAUAGAUAAUGUCAGCAAUCACAUUUUUUUUUGCAAGAAGAAGCCAUAUAAUAUACUGUGUACUUAGCAAGUAUGUAGCGGUAUAUAUUGUUCUAUCACAGGUCAUGGUGAUAUCGAUUAAGGCUAACACAUUUCUAUGAAUCUUGUUGAACUGGUAUAUAUUUACAAUAUUUUUCAACCAAGUAUAAACUUUUAAGUGCGGUGGCCUUAUAUAUUGAUAUAUGCAUGGACGUAAAUUGAUAUAUACCCGUAUAUGUUAUCGUCAUUUUCUCAUGAAAGUCAGUGGUGAAAAAAUGUUAUAACAUUGAUAUUGUGUGUUUAUUGAUAGCUUUAAUGAUUGUUUUACAUGAUUUUUGGUGCUUUAGUGCUUUAGUUAACAGAAUGAGAACUGCAACUUUGAUUUAUGUAAUUACACAACAUAGGAGUUUGGUUUGUUAAACUGGUGCAAGGAUACUGCUGUAUCGUGUCUUCAUGUAUACAUGUAUUGAUUAUUGAUGAACUAUGACAUGGAUAAAAUUUCCCAUGUAAACAGUUGCAAACAAGUACUUUACAUUUAAGUUUGAAAGCUUUGUUGUUUUGCUGCUAUUUUGCACGGUAUCUAAAUCAUUUUAAACUUUUACUGGUUAAAGUUUAAAACAUCAGCCUUUAGAUGCAUGUUAAGAGAAGUUAAUAUACAUAUAUUACUAUACAGAGUUGUAUUGCCUUAAAACU